CCGUGUGGCACCGUUGUUUUGACGCUUUACGAUCUAUUUACACACUCCACGGCGGUCGUGUCCCCGGCGCUGGUGGUGACGCCGCCACACACAGCAAGACAACCACCCGUACGUAACGCACGACAGUGACUCGGCGUCCAGCUUCGGCGGCUCGGGGGUAAUAAUAAUCGAGAUUCGUUAAGAUGCUGAUGCCGCAGUCCGCACCACCGUGAAACCUGAUCCAAUUAGACGCUAAGCGGAUGUUUGUUUUCAUUUGCGUCGUUUUGCGCGCGUGCGAAAGAGAGAGAGAGCAAGAGCGAAAGCGUGAGUGUAGUAUUUCGUUUCAAAAAGGCCAAUAACGGUUGAUAAGAAAAUAGUGAUUUGAUUUUUUAGUGAAAAGUGGCACUGGUGGCGCAUAAAGUGUACCUCGGUAGCAGCGCAAUAGAUCUUCAAAACCAAUACAGUGCGCCCAAAAAAGGAUUCAAUUCAUCGAUCCGCUGAUCGCCAACGGUCGAAUACGUAUUUCUGCCUGCCACCGUUUAUCAACAAGUCGGAAAGUGAUUGCUUUCUUCUGUUGUUAGCGGCGUUCUUGCUUCUUUCACCCCCUCACGAACGUUAUACGGGUCUGUGUGAGUCUUUGCCAGAGGGCAACCAUGUGCGCAUGAGAACCAGCAGUCCCGGAAGAGUACCGGAGGCCGCGCACCAAGUUCACGGUUUCACCAACGAGUGCACGAAUUGAAUUUGGAAUCUAAUCCCGAUUCCGGCGAGGGACCUGAUGCACUCUGCGGGCAUUCAUCGGAAGAGAGCGUCCAGGAACUAGACGGUGAACACGUACUGGGCACACAAACACGGGCACACACCCGCUUACCGGUUCCGUUGACAAGCAAACAAUCAUUCCCAAGUGGAUGACAAUUGGCCGGUCAAUUACGAGCGCAUUCGCACGCCGCUAGAGAACGAAGGAAACCAUUUUCGGUGUUCGGAAUCUUUCCUCCACGAAUCUCGACGGCCACAUAAACGGUCAAGAUGCUGGUGAGAACGACCAAGAUGUCACGAGCAAAUCAUAUGAAGAAGGUGUGGGUAGCGUUUGCCGUGUUUGGCGCAAUUUCCAUCCUACGACCGGCGUCGGGCCGCAUCGUGAAGCGCAGCUACUCCGAUCAAAGCGUCCGCGGCUACCUGACCGAGCGCACCUGCUGGUGGAACGAGGUGUGCAAGGAGGAAUUUCAACAGAUGUUCCGAUGCCGCUGUCCGCAGUGGUCGUACUGCAGAUCACCGGGGCGCUACUACAACGCGUACUGCUCCAUGACGAACACGGGCUACAUCUGGACGCAACCAACGUGGGACUGGGAGACGGCCUAACCUCACCAACGACCGAUCGAUCAGGCCGAUUGAUGGGACCUCGUUAGGCGGAGAAGCUUAGAACACAAACACUUCUAUCCGGAUAAUCAAACGUGCAUCAAACAUUGACCAAACGAAAUCUUUACAAUAUAUACAGCCAAUACAAUAAAGCCUAGGAUAGAGAAGCCGAGCGUAGUCAAAUAGAGUAGAGCGCGAAUGUGCUUUAAUCGUUUUGUGAAAACAUGUUUUUAAAGAAAAAAAAAAUGGGAGGUGAGAGCUCAUUCUUUUAAACCUAAUACAACAGCACAACAGCCCUCAGUCGAUCAGGUUUGGUAUUGAAUCAUGUUUCAGUUACUGUUGCCAAUCACUCUGCCAGUCGUGACACACUUUGAAGACAGAGUUUAGUAUCUCAUUUCAUUAGGAAGAAAUGGGAGAAGCGCUAAAGCAUCAGCAGUGGUAACCGGUGAUUCUAGUAAGAACGUAAAGAAAACAUUAUCAAGAGCACUAUCAGGAGACCAAAAGUUUUACAUAAUAGACUUACGACUUUACAUCUUAACUUCUAUAGUUCCGAUCAGUCUCACGGCAUCCAAAGUCGAAGCCCAGGGAAUAUACGUACAUUAAUCGGAAAAAUGGCGAGGAAGCAAAUAGCAAAAAAAAACUGUUAAAUAUCCUUACCAAAAGCACAUCCCACUGGUAAACCAUCGCACCAAAGGCUUUUUAGAAAAGGAAAUCAAAGUAAAAUCAGCUACCAAAUCCAUUCGUGAAAGAACUUCCAUCGGAUGGUCCAUUUGGAACGUAAUAGGGCGCAUUAUGAAGGAAACAACGACGAUCACCCCCCCCCCCGGUGGGUUUAUGUUGCAAUGAACAAGGGGAGGGCCACCAUGUUGAGCUGUUUAGUUGAAUAGAGUGUUUUGAAAAGUUGUACCAUUAAAUAAAGC